AGAAGGAGGCGGAGAUGCCACCACCUGACCUCCUCAAUGACUGCCUCUCGAUCCAGCCACUGAGACCCGAGGGUUCUCCCAUGGAGCACACAGACAGUGGACUUGGACGCUCCCCCCACGCAUCCAUGCCAGGCACCGCAUCUGACAUGUACCCGAGUAUCAGCUUCUCCAGCACACAUUCCAGUCGCUGCGGUACUGCCACAGGUGUCAGCAGCCACCAGUCUCCAGUCAGCAUGCAGGGCAGUCCCAUGAACACCGGCACUCUCAGUGUGGUCAAUGAGGAGGACAGCAUGGGUGGCUACUCUCCUGGACCCUCCCAGGGCAUGUUGAGUCCCCGGCCACUCCCACCCAUCAGCCGACAUGCCCCCAACAUGCUGAACAAUAUGCAACCCAACCCAUACCCUGCCACAUCCUACCAGGGCUACCCACCAUCCGGGAGCAUGCAGGACAUGCCAAACCAGGGUGGGUACCCUCAGUACACUCAGCGGUUGCCGUUUGCCGGUUCCAACGCCUUCACCAACAUCAACAGCUGUCGUAUGGGAGCCAUGCAGUCGCAGCGUGUGUCGUUCCAGAACUUUACUGAGGAGCAGUUCGCCAAUAUGCCUGUGGAUAUGCAGAAGGCAUUUGUCAGCCAACAGGGAUAUGGUGACCAACCGAUGUCAGCGGGGUUUGAACAGUUCAGCAUGACAGGGCAAGACGAGGCCAAUAUGCAACAGUUCCUGCAGCUAUCAGCUGUAGACCGCUGUAACAGUCGACUCUCCGCAGUAUAUGCAGCAGAUGGAUCCACCUAGCCUUCUCCUUUUCGUCACCAUGACGACAUGCAGCAUCAUUACCUGCUCUACCAUUGGUUGGCAUGUGACAAGUGGACAGUCUUUUUCGUACUGGAUUGAAUGGGCAGGGACGUAUUGUCAUUUUCAUGGUGAUACGUGUGAUGGUCUUUCAUGGUGGAUGUUUCUAAAUGUCCGGUCUCCAGGAGAAGGACGCUGUAUUUACAUGUCAGAUAAAUAUGGUACUACGCACUAAGGUGCCGUGACUGCCACACUAUCAGAUUCAUACCAUGCUGGGAAUAUGACACGUCUGUCAGCAUUUAGAAAACGAACACUACAGAAUUGUGAUAUUCAAUGACAGAACGUAGCCGUCCAUUUUAAUGAAGUCCCAAGAUGGCAGCAUAGUUUGUGGACAUUCUGCUUUAUGGCAUCCUUUUUUUAUCAUGAGUUACUGGGAAUAUAGCGCCCAUCAUGUAUUGUAUAUAUGUGUAUAUUCCUUGUGUUGUGUUAUGGCGUAUCACAUAUCAUCAACCCUGUCAUGCUGAAAGGGCAGACUGCUCAGUGCAGAUGUCAUCAGAUGUAUCCUUUGCUGAAAAUGAAGCCAAAAUAGGAUGUAUCUGGUAAGAAUCAAAGUGAGACUGUGAUGCUAUAUUCUUACCACUUGUUAUGUUUGACUUGGUGAGGACUUAGUCAGGUGAUCCCAUCACCUUGCUAUCCUGACACCAUUCUUGUAGAGGCAAGAGCUUGGUCAACUGCCUCGCAGCUGUUACCUUGUAUCUUACAAUCUUGCAUAUAUAUUGGUCAGGAGUUUAAUGUUAAUAAUUCAGGUUUUCAGUUUCCAUUUUUUGUUUCAUGUCUUUAUUCUUUACACACACUUUGAAAUGUGUGUUGCUUUUGAAGGGUUAUUUGAACAUUUGUUAUUUCAAGUCUGUGUCAGUUAUGAUUGUAGGAUCUCCGUCCAAAGCCGUCCAUAUUUUAAUAACAUAUUGUCAGUUUUAGAUGUGUUGCAUUUUCAAAAGGUCCCAGGUUUUAAUCAAAUGACAGCUAGGUCUAAAGCUGCAUCUUCAUAUCAUCAUGUUGAUCUCUGAGGAGGCAUACAUGUCUUGUAACUGCUUUAACUGAUUGGUUUGCAAAUCAGAAUAUUUCAUCCCUGUUUUCUUUUAACAUUUACUUUGUCUUUCAACAUGACUGUCAAAUAUCUUCACCUGUUUCAUGAACAACCUGUUUGCUAAUAGUGGUAAUAGAUAUAGCAUUAAUGAGGGUAUUAGAAAAUGU